AGAUUAAAUAAUACUAAUACAGAAGAAGAAGAAGAAGAAGAAGAAGAAGAAGAAGAGGAAGAAGCAGCAGAAGAAGAACGAGGAGAAAGGAAUUUGGUUUGCUUGGUCAAUCAUUUCUUAGCGUGAAAUCUGCGCGGCUUAGAAUAAAAUCAGAGGAAGACACCAAUGCAACGUGUUCGAAUUUCGUCGCAGCAAGCUCCGGUGCACAAGCUCGGCGAUUCACAGAUGACCUUAUCCCCGAAAUUCAGAUUACUCGCUGUGCAAUCCACUCUGCUUGAUCCUUCACUGCACUUGCAGCUAUCUCGUCACGGCGAGCCAUUGAUCCCCGGAUUACCCGAUGAUGUCGCGCUGCAAUGUCUUCUCCGUGUUCCGGUUGAUAAGCACUUAGCCUGCAAGACUGUGUGCAAGCGUUGGUACUCGUUGUUCGGCUGCAAAGAACACUUCUUUACACAGAGGAAGGAGCUCGGCUUCCAUGAUCCAUGGUUAUUUGUAUUCGCAUACCACAAAUGCACCGGGAAGAUCGAGUGGAAAGUUCUGGAUCUUGUCCAGUUCUCUUGGCACACAAUCCCGGCUAUGCCGUGUAAGGACAGGGUCUGCCCUCAGGGAUUUAGGUGUGUGUCCGUCCCGCACGACGGUAGCCUCUAUGUCUGCGGCGGCGUUGUAUCUGACGUAGAUUGCCCGCUCAACUUAGUCCUGAAAUACCAAGUGCUCAAGAAUCGAUGGACCGUGAUGAAGAAAAUGAAUACGGCGCGAUCCUUUUUUGCGAGCGGAGUGAUUGACGGGACUAUCUAUGUGGCGGGAGGGAACAGCUCGGACAUGAUCGAGCUUAGUUCUGCCGAGGCAUUGGAUACGAGGAAAGGGACAUGGCAAAGCGUCGCGAGUAUGGGGAAGAGCAUGACUUCGUACGAUGCGGCUGUCUUGAACGGGAAGCUCCUCGUUACGGAAGGCUGGUUUUGGCCAUUUUAUGUUGUCCCGAGGGGGCAGGUUUACGACCCGGCGACGGACAGUUGGGAGAAUAUGGCUGCCGGAUUGCGAGAAGGCUGGACGGGGUCGAGCGUAGUGAUGUAUGGGCACUUGUUUGUGGUCACCGAGCACGAACGAACGAAGGUCAAGUUUUACGAUGAAAACGAAGAUUGUUGGGAGGUCGUGGAAGGGCCGGCGUUGCCGGAGCAGAUUUGCAAGCCGUUCUGCGUCAAUUCUUGGGCGGGUAGGAUAUACGUUGUGGGUCGGAAUCUUCACGUCGCGGUUGGACAUGUAAUGAGGGUGCGUUCAUGUGGUAAGAAGCAGAGGUUUUGUGUCCAGUGGCAAAUGGUGGAUGCACCGGACACUCUGUUCGAUCUGACUCCAUCGAGUGCACAGCUUCUGUUUGCUUAGGAGCUGUUGUUGUUCUUAUGUAUGUAUCUAAUGCUGUUAAUCGUUAAUGGAAUAUGUAUGUAUCUA